CGCCCGGCGCAUGCGCAGUUCCGCGCGCCGGACCCCCAACGGCCGCCACAGAGCGCCGCGCUGCCCUCGGCGCAGGGCGGGCGGACUCACCGAGGCGCAGGGGCUGGAGGUGGCGCUGGGGAUUCUCACAUCUGUUUUCCUUGCAAGGGACUUUUGACAGCGCUGGACUUAACAGACCUUGAAUGUGAAGCUGUGUGACACAAGGCGCUAAGUUCAGCACAGGAGUGUAAGUUGGGCUGCCAAAGCCAAAAGACAGCCUGCAGCAAUUCCGAGUGGUGGGUGAGACAUAGCAACCCUUGGGAUCAUUGCUUAGCAACUGCAAACACACCGAGGAGUAAACCUCACUGCCCGGAUCUGCAGCAGCCCUGAGAAGUCCCUGUUUCACCUUGAGAUCUCUCAUGCUUGAGAACUGAUGGGCAUCUGUUUAAUUCCUGUUCGUUUGCAAAGCCACUCUGAAAGCAGGAAGAAUAAAGUCUGUUUUGAUACCUGCUCUAAAGUCGUUGGUGUAUGGCUGCACAGCCAGAAGAAGUGGCCCAAGCUGGAGCUCUGAAGCAUCCCAAAGCUGGAGAUAAAUGUAUGACUGCCUCAGAAAUGGAGAGAGACCAGAGGGGUGCUGAGCUGCCAUGUCUCAGCGAUCGCGCUCCCUGGAAAGAGUGCUUUUAUGGAAAGGUGCAGCAGAGGUCCCUGAGUCUGCAGGAGGCGAAGGUGAAGAUGAUUUGUGCACAAAAGGCAAAAGAAGAAAAGGCAAAAAAGCGAGAGCCCUGUGAUGGGCUGUGCCAGGAGUGGUUCAGCAAGGAGAAGGGCUCUCUGGAUGCUCGCACCUAUUUGGCUGACAAACUCCUACCAACGUUAAUCCCAGGAGUGGAAAAACUGUUAAUGGAAGUAGAAAGGAAGGACGUGCUCACAUCAGCCACAGAGCAUGCCAAAUUUGACCCCAUUACUUUUCUUGGAGAAUAUCUGAUGAGACAUAACCCUCAGUAUGACACCUGUACCAAACCAGGCCCCUACCUGCGGGGACUGGAUGCGGUCACGGAGGAGCUAAAAAGAGAGAUCCCAGAUACAGCAUCGGAGAGGCUGGCCAGGAUGAAGUCUGAGGUAAAAACCAAACGCAAGGAAAGAGAGCAGGCAGACAGAAUGAAGCACCAGCAGAAAGAGAUGAGAAAAGCAGCGCUGGCAACUCAGUUCAAAGAAUGGACAGCGGAUGUCAGUGGCAGAAUACCAGUUGCACUGAUUCAGAGUGCAAUGAAGAUUUUUCUGGAUGUCUGUGCUUCUACUCCCAUAGACGCAAGAAAAGCCUGUAAGAGGAAGCUGGAAAUCGCAGACACAUGGGGGAAAAACGUAAACGCUGAUGAAUUCAUAGAGUAUGUCCAUUCCUACACGGAGAACUUUCCAAAUGAUGCAUUCCAAGAGGUCCUGAAGCAUCUCAGUCAGUGUGCUGCUGACUUCCAAGAAUCCAUCAGGCGUGAUACAUGCAAGCAGAUGUUUAUUGAUCUCUUCCUACAUUGUGAUCGUGGACAGGUUGGUGUCUUGGAUAGAGCCCAAAUACUUGGCAUGCUGGAGCAGUUCUAUGAGAGAAGCUCUGUGUGUGCCAGGAGGAGAUUCUGCAACCCCAAAGAGUGGCCAGUAGGUGAACUGCAAGAGGUCAGUCUGGAGGAUCUGUGGGGAGACAUUGAGAACCAGGAAGAUUUUGAGGAACCCAGAGAAGGUUUGGUCUUGUCUCAACCAGAGAUUUCUGAGAGAGAAGUUUUAGCAGGUGAUAACAGGCAAGGCAGUGAUGGAACGAGCACCAUUGUCAGAGGUCUUUUGGAACAAAUGGAUGUGAGUGAAACAGAGACUGGAGGAAUUCCUGAGGAAGAAAACCAAGCUGCGGAAUCAGGUGGUGCUGAGGAUGCUAUGGCUGCAGAGGCCGUGGAGGAACCUCCUGCAAGAAAAGAGGGUUUCACAAGGCAGCACAGCCACUGGUCUGAACAGCAGACAAGCUCAGGGACAGCACUGCAGGACGAGGACCGUCUGCAGGAGCCAGGUGAAGGCCCAGCCCUCUCAGAUGGACCAGGUUCUGCUGCAGCAGACAGCCAGGAACGUAAGGAGCCACGGCCAGGUGACCUUCUCACCUUCGAUCUAAGCUCCAGGCACGGGAGCCAUGGAGAGAAAAUUCCAGAGGACUGGGGCUGUGAGAACAGAUUUCCAGACCUCCAUCCCACCGUGGCAGACAUUCAGAGCCGCCGUGCUCCUCGGUUUGGGAGCCCCUUUGAUGGAAGCUGCCUCAACCUGCCGCGCUUUGUUCAGCUCAUGGAGACGUUCGUCGGGGAAGGCAUCGCUCUGCCUGCUGUGAAGGAGCUCGUUGGGUUCAUCAAAGAAGAAUACAAACAGACCGAAGAGGAAAAAGUGAAACAACUAGAAAAAGCACAUCUCACCUCUCGUCUGACCCGACGGGAGCUGCUUCUGGAGGCUCUUUUUGAAAAGUGGGACAUCGACGCAUCUGGGUUUCUGGAGAUGAAAGAGGUGGAGGCUGCUAUGAAUGCAUUCAAGGAAGGAAUGGAAAAAGAGGCUGUGAGGAAAGCAAAAAACCACUUUUGCUCACGUUACCCUCAGCUUGGCAGAGUGGGGAAGCUAUCCCCAAAGGCAUUCCAAGCUUUCCUUGAGUUGGUGGCUUCUGAGCUCACUGGGGGUGAGGAUGAAGUUAUUGAUAACAUCGUGGAAUUUCUGACCACGAGAGUGGAACGAAGUCACAGGCAGUGCUUGCAAAGCUCGGCGAGGAGGAGGUGGCUGCACAACAUCCAGCAGGCGGCCGAGAGCAGCGGAGCACGCAUGGACCCGGUGUACGACGCCGUGCUCAAGGCCCUCCUCAAGGAUGCAGAAGCCCACGGGGAUAACAAGAAGAUCAGUGCAUAUAUUGCCCUUUUGGAAGAAAACCAGCUCUCACCAGAGCGGGGACAGACGCUCUUACGCUAUGUGACAUGUACCACAGAUGAUGCUCCGUAUGUUCUAAACCAGACACUCUACAGAGACAUGAAAGGAGUAAGCUUUGCAGCUGUUGAAGAGAAAAAGCCAAUCCAUGUCCCAAGAGUUCAGCUCCAUGGAAAUAUCCACUUCUGGAACCAGGACCGCCCAGCUGAGCAGAGGAGAGGCUCCUUCCUGGUUCUGCCAUUGCAGGAUGCUCACUGGAGAGUCUUUGGCACUCUGGGACUUGAUACUCUUCGAGACCAGAGUGAGAAAACCAUCUUCCUGACCCAUGAGAUCAGCUUCUACCAGGGAGUUUCUCAUGCAUUCAGCAAAGCCUACCAGCAUGUGUGUGCACUGGGAAGUGUCCUGCAAAUGGCCCUCACUGCUCUGGACUGGUUGCAUCACAGAGUGCCCAGCAUCCACGCUGUCAGUACGUACCUGGUGGAGCCUGGCAAUGAUCAGAUGCGUGACUACGCUCUGCGCAGAACGAUUACUACAGACACUACAGGACAAAAGGAAAUCCACACCUCUCCUGUCCUCCUCCUCAGAGAAGAGAACCUUUUCAGAGAUUACCUGUUUAAGUGCAUAGAUUGUUCAGAGGUCGUUUGCAGAUCUGUCUGUGGAGAACAGCACAUUGCAGUGCCUCUCCGGGACCCGUCGGGACGAGCUCUGGGGUUAUUUGAUAUCAGCAUCAGACCCCACCAGACAUUGUCCUCCCAUGAACAUAAGGAGCUGCAGAGAAUGCUGAAGAUGACCCAAGCUGCCUGCUCAGAGAUACUGAAGAUGCCUUCAGAGGAAACCAAAGCAAGCUGUGUACUGGGUAUUGUGCACACAGAGCCAGGAGAGAUCGUUAGGGAGGCAGAACACAGGAAUGUGAGGCAUGCAGGGAUUCUCUUCCACCGGCUCAUGCUGCAGGACCUGCGUGAGCGUAUCCAGAAACUGAAUGCUGAGAGCUUUGCUGAAAUCAAGAGCUAUGAAGACCCACCAGCUCUGGUACAUAACACAAUGAAGGCUGUGCUGUUGCUUUUACAUCCAGAGUGGGAGGGCACGGAGAAGAUUGAGAACUGGAAUCAGUGCAUACUGCAACUUGAUGACAAUUUAAUUGAGGAGAUGUAUUGCUUUGAUCCCACUGCUGCAUCUGUGCACAUUCAAGCAGAGCUGGUACAAGACUGUAUCAAUGGGGCACCUCAGGCAGCAGUUUGGCCGCAGGGCUCCAUCACAGCCCGGCUCCUGGAGCACUGGGUGCAAACCUGUCUGUGCCUGGUCCAGCUAACAGAGAGCAUGCAGAGCAGCACGGCCCCAUCCUGCAGCACUGCCCACAGCAACGCCUCCUGUUAGACCACCAGCUGCUCACCUACCCUGUGCUCCUGUCUCAUUAAUUAACCGUUUGCUUUUAUUAGUUAUGCAUUGCAACUCAGUGCUUGUUAAGACGGUUCGUUAGGUGCCAUUGAGGGCAGUAAAAACAUAAUUUUGUUAGUAUGAAUCUAUCUGCUAAGCCUUAAAAAGGCUGCUUGAGGAUUUAUUAUUAAAGUUCCAAUAAGAGAGGCUGGGAACACUUGAUGGCAACAGCACUCCGAAGCCGUACAGCACAGAAGCUCAGGGUUCCCUCUCCUUCAGUCACAUUUCAGAAGCAGCUCUAAUUGAGGGCUGUUAAUCAGCACUGUUAGCAGUUAUAGGCGCGCUGCAUCACAGCCCCGCUGUUUUUAUACAGCCCCCAACUUAAGCCUGCAGCAAGGCUGCAUCUGUGCAACGCUCCCUCUGGCAGAACGGCUUCUUUUAAUAAAACUUUGGGAAA